AUGAUUUCGCAGCGUGUCUCGAGUGAGUUUCAAAAAUGCUUUUGGUACUUUUUACUUUCACUUGCAUGCAGACUGCGCUAUGAGCUUACCACAAUGAUUUCGCAGCGUGUCUCGAGUGAGUUUCAAAAAUGCUUUAGGCAAUUUUUACUUUCACUCGCAUGCAGACUGCUCUAUGUACUUCGUUCAUGUCAAAAAAACAGUCAAUAUAUUUUCCUUCGUUUAAUUUAUUACCAAGAAAUUUGAGUAAAAACAACAUUCUGCAUAAUUUAAUUUUAAUUGUUUGCUUUUGAAAUUAAUUUUGUUUUUAAUCUUACCAUUUAAUUUGCAUUUGUUUGGAGCUCUAUUUAUAAGACAAGUUUUAUCCAGUGUGGAGGUGAUGGAAAACGUGAACCUUUCCCAGCGCAUCAUAAUAUCAAUCGUCACACCUAAAUAAUAUUCUUCAAAAUAUCAACUCCUUGUUUGCAAAAAGUAUAAAGGCAAAGUAAGAAAUGUUACGCUCUCAAACUAACUCUGUAUUAUUGCAUUUUAAUUUUUUAUGGAUAUAAGUGCAUUAUUUAAGCGAAUUUCAAAGUAUGUACAAGACAAAAGCCAAACGUAGAACUGCAAGUUCACUGUUAUCCUUUUUGCAUAGUGUCGCUUCUCGAAUUUGGUGAGAAAUAUUUUUGAAUUUUUCAUAUAGGCGGGGCUAGAAUCCUUUCCUCUGUUUUGCCCAGAAGAAAUGCUUCGGCACUUGCAAAUUUGCAAUCCAUCAUUAGCAAAGAACUCGAGGGUGUCAAGGCUGCUGGAACCUGGAAGACAGAGCGAGUUAUCACUAGCAAGCAGGCUGCCGAUGUAACUGUCGCAACUGAUGACGUGUUCAGCAUGGACGGCAUCAUUGCCAAGCUUCCGUAUGUUUGACUUAAAAUAAGCUGUGCAUUCACCUUGAUCAUUUAAACUAACCAUUUACUCACCAAUUUUACUUUUCAGGAAAAUCUGCGAACUUGCAGAUCGCUAUGGUGCAGUAACGUUCAUGGAUGAAUAUCACGCUACUGGUUUCUUCGGGAAGACCGGCAAGUAUGGGCUUAAUUUUUACCAAAAAAAUCCCCGAAUUUUGAUGCUUUCCCGAAUUCGAAGCUUUGUUAUCUCCUUUGCAGAGGCACAGAAGAGUAUUAUGGCAUGCAGGGAAAUGUUCACACCUCCACACUGGAUAAAACUUGUCUUAUAAUUAGAGCUCCAAACAAUUGCAAAUUAACUGAUAAGGCUAAAAACAAAGUUUCGUUCAAACACAACUAUUUAAAAUUUAUAUAA